AUGGAGAAGAUCUGGUCCCACUGUUGGUACAACGAGCUUCGGGUGAACCCUGAGGAGCACCCUGUGCUGCUCACCGAGGCACCCUUGAACCCCAAGGCCAACCGGGAGCGAAUGACGCAGAUCAUGUUCGAGACCUUCAACGUGCCCGCCAUGUAUGUGUCCAUCCAGGCCGUCUUGUCGCUCUACUCCUCCGGCCGCACUACGGGCAUCGUGCUGGACAGCGGCGACGGUGUCUCUCACACGGUGCCCAUCUACGAAGGCUACUCACUGCCGCACGCGGUGGCACGGCUGGACUUGGCCGGUCGCGACCUCACGGAGUAUCUGAUGGUGAUCAUGAUGGCGGGGUUUGGGCAAGAGAAAACAGCGGAUGAGUUAGCUUCGGCGUCAUUUAGAAUCUAG